AAUGAAUAGCUUAUAGCUCAUUUUUUUAUCAAAAGAAUUCUGCAGUCAAGGCACCACAAAUUAUUUAUGUGCUUGCAAAGUAGUAUCAUUUCUCUCAAGAAUGCAGACUAAGAGAAGCAAAGGUAGUGAGUAGUCAGGAAACACAUGAAGACAUGAAGGAAAUGGUUACAGAUAGAAUCACUGCUUUUGGUUACUUGUAAAUAAGUAGAGUGUUUCAAAUUAUGCACAUGUGGGACAAACCAUGUUGAUCAGAGAUUGGACAAUGGGAAACAGUGAUUAGUGAUUGGACAGUGGAAUAGGCUGGGAUGAAGUCGGGGUGGGAGGAUAUGAGGCAGGUUGGGAUGAGAUGGGACAUUGGGAAGCAAUGGUCAGUGAUUGGGCAUUGGGAAACGAUGUUGAUCAGUGAUUGGACAAUGGGAAACAGUGAAGUGGUUGGACAAUGGGAAAUAAUGAUCAGUGACAAUGGGAAGCAACGGUUAUCUGUGAUUGGACUUUGGGAAACAAUGAAAAGUGAUUGGACUUUGGUGAAGCAAUGAUCAGUGAUUGGACAAUGGGAAGCAAUGAUCAAUGAUUGGACUUUGGUGAAUCAGUGAUCAGUGGUUGGACUUUGGUGAAUCAGUGAUCAGUGGUUGGACAAUGGGAAAGAAUGAUCAGUGGUUGGACAAUGGGAAACAAUGAUCAGUGGUUGGACAAUGGGAAACAAUGAUCAGUGGUUGGACUUUGGUGAAUCAGUGAUCGGUGGUUGGACUUUGGUGAAUCAGUGAUCGGUGGUUGGACAAUGGGAAACUAUGAUCGGUGGUUGGACAAUGGGGAAACAAUGAUCGGUGGUUGGACGUUGGGAAGCAAUGCUGGUUGGACCACAUUAGAGCACAGUCAUGCUGAGUUUCCUGCGGCGGACUUUGGGCCGGCGCUCUGGACGUAAGCAUGCUGAGAAAGCUCGGCUCCGGGAAGCCCAGCGUGCACAAACACACAUCCCUGCAGCUGGAGAUGCCACGUCCAUUAUCACUUGCAGAGUGUCGCUGCUGGAUGGCACGGAUGUCAGUGUCGACUUGCCGAAAAAAGCCAAAGGUGAGGAGCUGUUUGACCAGAUCAUGUAUCACCUGGAUAUCAUUGAGAAGGAUUACUUUGGUCUGCGCUUCAUGGACUCCGCACAAGUGCCGCACUGGUUGGAUGUGACGAAAAGCAUUAAAAAGCAAGUCAAAAUCGGUCCUCCGUACUGUCUCCACAUGCGGGUUAAGUUUUAUUCCUCCGAGCCCAACAACCUACACGAGGAGUUAACACGAUACCUGUUUGUGCUGCAGCUGAAGCAGGACAUCCUCAGUGGCAAGUUAGAAUGUCCCUUCGAUACAGCAGUGGAGCUGGCAGCCUUUUCUCUGCAGGCUGAGUUGGGCGAUUGUGACCCUGCAGAGCAUGGCCUUGACCUUGUGUCGGAGUUCCGCUUUGUCCCGGAGCAGACGGAAGAGAUGGAGGUGGCCAUCUACAACGCCUGGAAAGAGUGCAGGGGCCAGAUGCCUGCACAGGCUGAGAUAAACUACCUGAACAAGGCCAAGUGGCUGGAGAUGUAUGGGGUUGACAUGCAUAUGGUUAAGGCCAGAGACGGAAAUGAAUACAGUUUGGGACUGACACCCACUGGAGUGCUCGUAUUUGAGGGCGAAACCAAGAUCGGCCUGUUCUUUUGGCCCAAGAUCACACGGUUAGAUUUCAAAAAGAGCAAGCUGACCCUGGUGGUGGUGGAGGACGACGAACAGGGCAAAGAGCAGGAGCAUACGUUUGUAUUUCGCAUGGACCAUCCCAAGGCCUGUAAGCACUUAUGGAAGUGUGCAGUGGAGCAUCAUGCUUUCUUCAGGCUGCGUGGCCCCGUCCAGAAGGGAUCCUCCCGCUCAACCUUCAUCCGCAUGGGUUCCCGUUUCAGAUACAGCGGAAAGACAGAAUACCAGACCACGAAGACAAACAAAAUUCGGCGGUCGGCUAUGUUUGAGAGACGGCCCAGCCGCCGCUACUCCCGAAGGACUAUGCAGAACAGAGGUCCCUUUGUUCCCAAAUCCCCAGAGAGCCAGAAUAAUGGAAUAAGUCCCCGUCAAGAGUCAAAGUAUGUCCAGUCUCAGCCUGCAUGGCCUUCAGUGUCCCCGGUCUCCAGUCAACCCUUAGUGCAGGGUCCACUGACCAUAGAGGCUCUCCCUAAGAGUCCUGGUGGCAGCCAGUCAGGGAAGAGGAGCACGGCUGACGUGGCAGACCUGCUGGAGACCUGUGUGGAUGACCUCAUUCGGACACCUGUUCCUAUGGCGACGGCAGGCUCGUCUGAAGAGGCGGGGCCUAGAGCAGCUCUCUCCACCCCCAACACAGUCACUGAGAACCUCUGUCUCACUGACGCUGCAGCUCGACUAAAGCAGCUGGAGAUCGAGUGCACGCCAACCUCUGUUCCUGCUCGCUCGAACGUCAAUGUCAACAUGAACAACCAGGUUGUAACACAACAAACUGUGGAGAAGUUCAAGGGGGAGGAAGUGCUGAAGCUGACUGAGAAGAGUCUGAGCAGUGUGAGCAGCAGUCCUGUACUGAGCAAGCUAAAGGCACCAGAUGAGCUCAAGAGCAACAUCCUCAAAGCCCAGGCAGAGGCAGUGCUCAAGGGCACAAGAGAGGAGAUUGGAGUCACGGGGGAAAAGAACUGCAACCUUCAGGAAGCAGCCGCCAGUUGGAGAAGUGGGCAGACGGGAAGCACUUCCUCUCUGACGAUGGGCAGCCGGGAGGCACUGAUACAGACGUGCUCCAGCAGCCUCGAAAUGAAAGCAGACGAGUUCAUCUCCUCAUCCUCUAGUGUGUCAGCUGAACCAGUGAAUGAAGCCUCCUCAGCCAAGGACAAAGCAGAGGAAUGGGAGGUCCACACAGCCCCCCAGAUCGAUAACCUGAUAGAUUUCACUGAUCCUACACCAAUACAGCUGCAGCCGCCCAAACCCAUCAUUACACCUCGAUGGAUCAUUCCAGCAGCUCCACAGACUGGCACCUUUACUAACGGCCUCCUAGAGCUUGACAAAGCAAAGAUGGCAGCACAGAAUAGUGAAGGGGGCGCUCCUGCUUCCCUCCCUCAUCUUUCUCACACUCAUAAUGUGAUUGCCACAAGCAUUGUGGCUCACCCUCCAAGGAACAACCACAGACCCAGGGGCCUGCUGACCACUGAACUCUAAAAUAAAUAAAUAAAUAAAUAAAUAAAAAUAAAAAAACAAACUCACGUCCAGCAGUAUCAACUACCUGAAAACUUUACUCUGUUUCCCCUCCUCUACAUUCCAGAGUAACGAUGCUUGCAGGCAUUCCAGCACAGAGACUUUAAUGCGUGUAAGUUGAAGAGUAGAUGUGAUGUCAGGAUCAGCCUUGCUAAGACCCAGCUCCACUGCACUUCAAUUUUAUAAUGUAGUAAUAAAGAAAGAUUCAGGAGCUGAUGUCUGGACGCCACCGUUUCUGUUCCACCAUUCCCAUCACAGUGACUCAGAGGACAGAGUUAUGGUGCUUCUCUGCCCUCUGCUGUUCUCACACAUCUUCCUGUUACUGUGAAAGAGCAACCAGCUGAACCACUAUGGAUCCCCAACACUGGAAACUUGUAUUUGUAGAACCUGAAACAGUCGCUUUUCCUUUUAUCUUUGGUUUCUUGUGAUACGAGACAUUUAGUGUUCAGUAUUCAGUAUAAGCUUUUAAAUGCUGUAGUACAAACUGGAUUAUUAUUAGAGGAUGAUAUUAUGUAGCCCUGGACAAAAUGCAGUCUUUGAGAGAUUGAGCCAAUUUUGUAAUUAUAUAUCUUUUUUUUUUUUUAAUCCACACUCAGUGCUGUUUUUAUCUUUGUAGUUGCAUUAUGACCUGCCUUAUUUUAACAGUGUAUGUCACAGGUGUUAAAUUUAUAGUUCGCUACAGUAUAAAUCUAUAUAUUUUCUUUCUUUUUUUUUAUCCUUGUUGUUUCAUGGAACUGCUUUUGACAAUAAUAAUUCACUGGAUCUUUAGUAGUAGUGGUGCGUAACAAUAAUCACCAUUUAGUUACGACACUGUUUAUAGGGACUGUGAGCAUAACUAAUGGUUAGAUUGCAGUGCAUGUCAGCUAGCUGAAUGCUAGUUGGUAUUUUACAUAGCUAAAGUACAGAAACUGUUAUGCUGUGUUCGUUAUUGUCACCUCCUGAGUGUCUCAUUCUCAUGUUGUCUGCUAGCUCAGUCACACCUUUGUGUCUGUACCUAGAACACUAGCUGGAAAAAAAAAUUAAAUGUCACUAGAUGCUGAAGUUGUACUGAAACUAUUUUUGACCCGUAUGCUCUAAGACUGCAUUCAUUUGCAUUAAUGUUGUUGUCAUGUCCACCAGCUCAUCCGUGUGAUGAAUCAUCACAACUGUGGUCGUUUCUCUAGCAGUCUGGCUUUAAUUUAUUCCUCUUCUGUCUCUAUGCUGUAAGAGUACACUGUUUCACGCUGUAGUCUCAUGCUGUAGAUACAGUAGGGGAAAUAAGUAUUGAAUGUGUCAUUUUUUUCAGUAAAUAUAUUUCCAAUGAGGCUAUUCACAUGAAAUUUUCACCAGACAUCAGUGUUAACUCAAGAAAUCCACACAUAUAAAGAAAUCCAAACAUUAAAGUCCAUAAAUGAAGUUAUGUGUAAUAAAGUGGAAUGACCCAGAAAAAAGUAUUGAACACGCUAACUGAAAUUUAUUUAAUACUUAGUGGAGAAGACUUUGUUUGUAAUGACAGCUUCAAGACACUUCCUGUAUGAAGAAAUUAAUCGGCCGCAGUAUUCAGGUGUGAUUUUGCCCCAAUCUUCUAAACAUAUCUUUAAAUCUUGUUCAAUUUGAUUCAAGUCAGGUGAUUGACUGGGCCAUUCUAACACCUUGAUUUUUUUCUUCUCUGAAACCAAUUGAGUUUCCUUUGCUGUAUGCUUUGGAUCGUUGUCCUGCUGGAAGGUCCACCCACAUCUCAUCAUCAUCCUGGUGGAUGGUGUCGUGGCAAACAAUCUUUCCAGCCAUAUUCGAUAAUGGUAGCAGAGUCUUCUCAAGAAUCUCAUGGUAAAGGGUUCCAUUCAUUGUUCCUUCAAUUAUAUGAAGUCUGCCAGUAUCAUGUGAUGGAAAAACAGCCCCACACCAUGAUGCUUCCACCUCCAAACUUCACUGUUGGUAUAGUGUUUUUUUAUGGUGAAGUGCAGUGUCAUUUCUUCUACAAACAUGGUGUGUAGUAUGACAGCAAAAAAGUAACAUUUUGCUCUCGCCUGACCAGACUACACUCUCCCGGUAUUUCAUAGGCUUCUCCAAAUGAGUUGUAGCAAACUUUAAACCAGCUUCGACAUGCCUUUUCUUUAGUAAUGGAGUCUUGCAGGGUGAGUGUGCAUAGAGGCCAUGGCAGUGGAGUGCAUUGCCUAUUGUUUUCUCUGUGAUGAUGGCACCUGCUGCCUCCAAGUGUUUCUGGAGCUCUUUCCGAGUGGUCCUUGGCUUUUGGGCUACUCUUCUGACUAUUCUUCUGACUCCCUGAUCAGAAAUCUUGCGAGGAGCUCCUGUGCGUGGCCGGUUGAUGAUGGAGUGAUGUUGCUUCCACUUACAGAUAAUGGCCCCAAUUGUGCUUAUAGGAAGAUUCAGAAGUUUUGAAAUACAUCUGUAUCCGAUUCCAUCAAUAUGUUUCGCAACAAUAAGGUUGCGAAGGUCUUGGGAGAGCUCUUUGCUUUUACCUAUCAUGAGAUGUUUCUUGUGUGACACCUUGGUAACAAAAAGCUUUUUUAUAGACCAUCAAUUUACUAACCCAGAUGAUAUUAAUUUGCACAGAUAGGGGGUAUAAUUACUUAGGGAUUUCAGCUGGUUCCUUGGCUUACUUUGCCUUGGAGAACUGCUUUUUCUUAGCGUGUUCAAUACUUUUUUCCUGUGUCAUUCCACUUUAUUACACAUAACUUUAUUUAUGGACUUUAAUGUUGUGAAUUCUUUAUAUUUUGGAUUUCUUGAGUUAAUACUGAUGUCUGGUGAAAAUUUCAUGUGAAUAACCUCAUUGAAUAUAUAUUUACUGAAGAAAAUGUUGACGCGUUCAAUACUUAUUUCCCCCACUGUAUAUGACUGACUUCUGUAGAGAUCACUGUACUGAUGUAUUUACAUUGAAGAACCUUAGAGCACAUUUUGUAUGAUUUAGCUUGUUCUCCAAGUAAAAAUGUAUUUUAACAGUA